GAGGCACCGAGUUGCGUGCGAAGAGCUCGACAUGUCAUUCAGAGGAAUCCGCCACCUGAAACGCGAGGAAGUCAAUGCGACUCAAUUGGGUAUAAAGAAUCAGACAACAUCUGCCUCAGAGCCUCAGCGCAGAGCGACGCUGAUGAAAACAUCAGCGCGGAGCUCCUGCAGGACCCCGAUCGCUUUGUUGUUGUCUUCCCGCUGGAUCUGUCGCUGCCCGGAGCCGGGCGCAUCUCUGGGACAUUUUAAAGUGGAUGUGAUUUUGGAGCCAAGACGAGUCUGGAUUUAAUCCACAAAUUAUCUGGUGCACCUGCUACCUCCACGGAGCACAAGAUCAUGAUCCCACCUGGAGACUGCAUGUAUGCGGGCAGAAAGAGGAGGAAGCCCAUCCAGAAACAGAAGCCGUCCUCAGCCAACGAAAAAAGCAACCCGUCCAAGCGACACAGGGACAGGCUCAAUGCUGAGCUGGACCGGCUGGCCAGCCUGCUGCCGUUCCCCCCAGAUGUCAUCUCCAAACUGGACAAGCUGUCCGUGCUGCGCCUCGCCGUCUCCUACCUCCGCGUCAAAAGCUUCUUCCAAGCGAGUCAAGACAAGCCCUCCAGGAAGCAUAUCAGCAGCACUGCAUCCUCUAACCCUGAACCCAGGAAAGAUAGUCUUCCUCUGGGCACCACCAUCAAUGAAAGCAGCCUCCUCCUGGAAAACCAGAACCAGCGUUACUGGCCAAGAUUGUGUGCUGAAACGUUUAAUGUGACUUCAGGUUCAAGCGCUCGCAGCGUACAGACGUCUUUAACAGGCUUUGCCUUGGUGGUGAGCAGAGAUGGCAUGGUGUUUUAUGCUUCCUCAACCAUUGUGGACUAUCUGGGAUUUCAUCAGACUGACGUGAUGCACCAGAACAUCUUUGAUUACAUCCACAUAGAUGACCGUCAGGAGUUCAAACGGCAGCUCCACUGGGCCAUGUGUCCUCCACCACAUCAAGGGAUGUCGGGGCAGCAAGAUAGCCCGUUGGCUGCAGGAACAAGUGAGGACUUUGUUGUGAGCAGCAUGUUUAACUCUCCGGAGGCAGGGGAAAUUCCUCCCGAGCUCUCCUGCUUUCUCAACAGAUGUUUCAUGGCCAGAGUUCGGUGUCUCUUGGACAGCACCUCUGGAUUUUUGACUAUGCAGUUUCAGGGACAGUUAAAGUUCCUCCACGGGCAGAAAAAGAAGUCACCCUCUGGAACACUGAUUCCUGCUCAGCUGGGUCUGUUCUGCAUUGCAGUCCCCCUCCUACUGCCCUCCAUCACUGAGAUGAAAGUGAAAAAUAUUUUAAUGCGGGGAAAGAACAAAGGCGGGGGGAUUAUCUCUCCGAUGGAGCAUAGUGAGAGUGGGGAGCACCUAAGGAGGCACUCCAUCAGUGGAGGAAUGAGUGACAUGACAGACCCUCUUCUCUUUUCUUGUCCCCAUCCGGGUGCUACACAGCGAAAUCACCACACCCCCUGGACACCUCUUUGCAAAGAUAACCUCAAGUACAGUUCUGACGGCUUAUAUAACCAGGAGGAGCCCCUCAACUUCUGCAAGUCCUCCGUGGCUGGUCACAAGGGUGUGGGUGCAGGCCUAAGUGGAGGGUGGCCGAUGAGACAGCACUUGGGGCCCGUUAGAGCUGCUCAGGGAGUUGGCUACAUCCCCUCGCACCGUUUAAACAAGACCGGCCAGUACGGGAAGCCCUACCGCCUUUCUCCAAGCUGUCAAGGUAGCAGGGGUGCAGAUGUGUUUGUCUCAAAGCUGUACGGAUCGUCGGACCCAGACGCUUACUGCGUAGACCUCGUGAAGAGUGAAAACGACUUCGGGGGAUGUUACGAGGGCCACAUGAUGCCUGAAAUGACACCCAUUAAGAUAGAGAAUGACUCUGACUCUGAGAAUGGAUGUGACACGUACAAGCAAACCUGGGCCUGUCGCAACCAAGUGUCUAACGAACUUCGCUAUGGAAAUGUAGCGUAUGACCCAAACUCUGGUUUGCAACUUAAAUCAGAAACAGAUUAUUACGACCCCCAGUACUCCCCUUGCCAACGAGGAAAAGCGGGAAUCAGCCCCACGUACAACAAUGGCAACUAUCCCAACUAUGCUGUCAACAACGGCACACGUCUGUUAAAAUGUGACAAAGAUUUAGUCAGUAACAGUGAGUCCAACCAAUUUAGUCCUCAGAGGCUCUCUCACUCAGACUCUCUAUGCAGCAACCAACCGGUCACCCUCAUGGAUUCAAACAUCUAUCCUCAAAAGGCUUACAUGCACCUGGACUACAACAAGCAUGGCAACUAUGGGUUCAAAGGUCAUGGCCUGGUCCAUUCAAUCAAACGGGAGCCCAUGGACUCCCCCUCUUGGUAUGAGAAUGGUCAUGACAUAAACCAGUCUAUGGUGGGUGGCUCAAGGAACGUUAUGCCAUGUGUGAUGACCACAAGCCACAAGUCUAGUCCCUACAUUUACAUGCAGUGAGAGGGCAUUACCCACCCGUGAACACAUCAACAGAUAUCUAUGUGUCCCCAGUCCCCUUCACAUGCACAAUUACACAUAACCACAAACAAAUCUGUAUGUAUGAAAUUGUUUAGCUUCAUCAUUUUACAAACACGUGUACCAGCAUUACAAAAGAAGAUUACCAUGACUCCCAGGAUGUCAAAUAUUUUUGUAAUUUUAAUGAAGAGGUCUCAGGUUCAAGCAUUAGUGCUGUGACAAUCAAACAUUUGAGUUUCAGACCAGCUUGGGGGGAAAAAUGUUACUUUUAAGGUACAGAUUUUAGAUUUUGAGCACUUUUGGUUUAGUGACAAUGAGACACAUUUUCUUUAGGUUUUUCAUUUUUGAUGCCCUAGGCUUUCGCAAGGCCUUUUAUUUUUCUAAGGUUUGUACACAGGUGAAAUUGCACAUCUACUGAAAAUUUUAUUUAACUUUAUCAUUAGGAUAAUGCACUUCGAAGUCAUUGAAAAUAUUAACUUUCAGAUAUUUUUCUAAUGUUUCCAAAAAUGUGGAUGCUGUUUAAAAUGUAAUUCACAUAAUGCAAUGUUUUCAAGAAGUUUAAUUUGCUUUUUUGAUGGAAAAAAAAAAUUCAAGAGGCUUUCCUUAUAUUUGCAAGAGAAUGCCAAAGCCAAUAACAUUUAGAUUUUGUUACGUUAGACUUUGGGUUAAUUCACCCCUUUGUGCACUCAUUGGUUCCUUUCAUACCUUUUUACCCAUGUGUUUACAUUUUUGCAUUUCAGUUUAUUUUUCUUUGUAGUUCAGUAUUUACAUGAAGAGAAAUAGCCUGGAAAAACAUAUCAUUUUAAUUAAUUGUAUAUUAUUUUCUAAAGAAAUUGAUUACAAAUUUCCAUUUAUCCCCAUCUGGGACAAUGAAAAUGUAUGAAAUAUGCAAAAUCAGUACACCUCAUGAUACUCUGAUAGUUUAUUAUUAAUAUUAAGAUGAUUAAAACUAUUUUUGAGUACUCACUGUAAAUGGGGAUAUGUAAUGUCCCCAGGAAGGGUACAUUUUGAUGCAUGAUGCUAUAGGAUGUGCCAAGUGGCUCCUUUUAGUAAAGCUCAGGUUCCAACUGACCAAAACUACAAAUAAAAAGCUGAAGGAAAGCAAAAUGAUGGGUACCUGUUAGAACAGCUUUGCCCCACAGAAAAAGAGCUAAAGUGGCAUGGAUAGAAACUGAACGCAGCUGGACUUAGCAGUAAAAUAACUUAACGACACCAAACUGUUAUGGGCCUGAAAAGCUCUAAAAACAGAGGAAUAAAUGAACUUUUGAAAUGGCGUCUCGCUCCUUCCUUUUGAAUUCUUUGAAGAAAUAAAAUGAUUCCCUCAUCUUUUUUGAAGCCAAGCAUGUUAUGUUUCAAAAAAGCUUUAAAAUAUGUUGUCCCUGUAUCAUAUUAGUCAAAUACUAUUUAGGGUUAAAGUAAUUUGCAAAUCAUUGCAUUCUGAUUUUAUUUACAUUUUAUACAGUGCCACUUUUUUGGAACUGGAGCUUCAUAAAAAUAUUUUUUCAUUACUUCCUCCAACGAUGUGUAGUCCCUUGCAAAAUUAUUCAACCAGAAACUUCAGUAUGCCUUAUUGCGAUUUCAUGCUAUUUUGUUUGUGUGUGGCAACCCUGGAAGAGCUACAGAGAUUUGCAGCUCAAGUACGAGAAGUCGUGCACCACAUAAAUAUGACCUUUAUGGAAGAGUGCUAAGAAGAAAACUAUGUGUUGGCUGUAAGAGGUUUGCAGAACCCACACAGAGGAGGUUGUUCUGGUCAGAUGAGACUAAAACUGAAAUUUCCUAGUUAGAGGUAGAGGCUGCGAAAGGCUACAAAAGCCUUGUGACAGGGGUGGAAUGGUCUAGAUAAAGGGAUAUACACAUAUUAAAAUGAUCAGGUCAAAAAUUGAUGUGCGCAGAUGAUUUCCAUCUAAAUGACUGAGCUUUAGCUUUUUUCUGCAAAGAAGAAUAAAAAAAAAGUAUUUCUCUAGUUGUGCAAAGCCUGAAAGAGACAUUCCCCAAAAGAGUACUUCAAAGUACUUAACUCAGGGGGCUGAAAACAAACGCAAAACACAGUUUGCAAAUUUUUAUUUGCAAGACAUUUUAAAAGCUAUGUGUCACGGUCUUUUCACCUCAUAAUUAUGCAAUACUUUGUGCUUCUUUAUCAUUUAAAAUCGAUAAGAAAAAGAAAUUUGUGAUUGCAACUUGACAUGUUGAAACGUUUGCAGGGAACUGUGUGAUCGGAGGCUGCUGGUUGCUGCACAUUAUAGAACUAAAUCAGGACAAUUGCAGACACCUGAAAAUUGUUAUCUAUAGUAGUAAAACAAAAUAAACUGAUUUAGGCGGUGUCAUUUUUCAAGAUAAUACCCUUAGAUCAUGUAAAUUCCCAUCAUCUCUGCUUGCAAGUACACGUUUAUUGCUUUAUAUAAUUAAAAUCACUUGAUCUCAUUUAAAAUAUGUCAAACUGCGGACUUUUUAUAUGUUGUUGGACCAGAUUUUUUUAUUAAAAACAUGACCCAGUGCUUUAGCAUGAAGUUUCUUAAAUAUAGCACUACAGACUAUUCUUUUACAAACUACAUCAGUAGAACCCAGUAUAGCCAAUGUGCAGUUAAACUAUCAGUAGGGCCAAUAAAGGUUUUGCAUCUUAUUCAACCCUUCUGUGUAGUACAUAAGUGGACACAAUAAGUAAAGCAACACCGGUCAACCACAACUCUGUGGUGUGUGUUCAUUAGCAAGGUAUUGGUUAACGCAUCGCCCUGCACUUGCUUCAUGGCUCUGAGCUCAUUUUGGAAGGGAUGAAGGGAGUGAAAUGAGUCUGUCCUUGCUUAAAGCAUAAAGGUGUUGCAAACGCAUUAGGACAUUCUCUGCAUUAGUCUGACUAAAGCAGUCAUUAAGUGAAGGUUUGCUUAGACAAGAUAAAAGUGACAGAUUUUAAAUAUUGAAGUUAGAAGGAUGAACUUUGAUGCUUCAUUUAGCGAGCACAAUAUAAUCUAAGCGGUUACUUUUCUUUUCAUUUCACAUCUCAAUGCACCGCAUUGUCAUUGGGAUAAAUAUUCACUUUUCAUGUUGUCUUUUCAAUCCAAAUACAUCUGACUUCUGUGUUCACAUCAGUAUUUUUUGCACAAAAUCAAUCAAGACUAAUCCAAUCUGAGUCUCGGUCCUGAGAAGCUACUGUUGGAGCUUCUGAAUUGCACUACUGGGAAUAGUUCAGUUGAAGUUCAGCCUACCCAGACACGUGUUUGAGUCAUCAGACACAACUGUACAGUGUCCCUGUCGUGGAUUUGUCCCUUUUUUUCUUUUUUUGUGUGCUCAUGUCAAUAAAUGUUUGAUGAUUUGUAUUUAUUUGUAAAUGGUAAGGGUAUAAUUUAAAAAGUAUAAAUUUGAAGGUUUUCCCUGUUUUACUAAUAAAGAAAUAUGGCUUUUUCUUGGUAUCUUUUUGAUAAUUUGCAAAAAAAAAAAAAAAGGCAGUUAUGCGGUAGCUGCAAGGUAGCGAACAUGGUGUAUAUAUGCAGUGUCUUCCAAUGUUUUUACGUGUUUUUGCAAAUGGGACAUAAAUAUUAAAGAUUUUUCUUUACAUAAAA